UAAGAAAGACAAAAAGGUGAGUUUCGUGUCUCACACCCUCAUCACCAGAGAGGAACAACAAAGAAAGCGUUUUGACAAGUUUUGGACUGGGAUCCCUCUUCACUGGAUAGGGACCCUUUCCUGUCUAGGCAGGAUGGAACAGUGCACGUUGAAGCCAGAUGUGAAAAGAAAUCAACAGAAACAGCCUUUACCUCCACCGAAGCCUGCAAAGGAGGCCAACAGGAACUUGAUCCAGACAGAGACUAGAGGGAAACAAGCCAGAACUCCAGUGGUUCCAUCCAGAGUUAGACCCACUGCAAAGGAACCAAUUGUUAUGGCCAGAAACGGCAGUCGCAAGAGGACACAGGCAGAGCACAUAAAGGGCUCAACAGAAAUGGACAUUUCACCGAUUAAGGCCUCUGAUCCCCGAGAAGAUGAGACCGACUUCAAGCAGGACAAAUUUGGGGGUCUUGGUGGAAUGUUUCAGAAAUUACAAAAAGAUCCAACCCCUACCUUUACAAGCUACAUGUCAGAUAAUGAGAUGCCUGAAGAGCCCACCCCAGAAAAGGAGCAGUCCUCUGAGAACACCAAGAAGAGGCUGAGUCAGGCCAAACAAGACAAAGGAGGACUGAUGAGAGGAAUGUUCCAGAAAGCAACUAAAGACAAACUCUCUUCUCCUUCACUGACGGACAAUUUCUCAGUUCACAGUGAGCUUUUAGCCAGCAACAACAGUAUCUCUGACAACAACAACAUCAAAGAGAAGGGAGGCAUCUUCAGUGGAAUGUUCAAGAAGUCUACCAAACCUGUGGAAGAACCACCUCAAACAGAAGAGGACCAGCAGUCGCUACACAGUGAGCUCUCAGCCAGCAAUGACAGUCUCUCUGACAACAACAACCCUAAGGCAAAAGGAGGACUUUUCAGUGGAAUCCUCAAAAAAUCUCCCAAAGCUCCUCGAGAGGGCACACUUGCAGAGGCAUUACACGGUGAACAUUCAGGCAGCAAUGACAGUCUUUCUAAAAACAACAGUAAAGAGAAAGGAGGCAUAUUCAGUGGAAUGUUCAUAAAAUCCCCCAAGCCUGCUGCUGAUGCUUCUCAACCUGAGGACAAGGGGUCAUUACAGGGUGAGCUCUCAGCCAGCAAUGACAGUCUGGCUGACAACAGCAACCCUAAGGGAAAAAAGGGGCUAUUCAGUGGAAUCCUUAAAAAGACCCCCAAAUCAUCUGGAGAUGAAACACCUGCGCAGGACAAUCUUGCAACAUGCAGUGAGCUCUCAGUCAGCAACAACAGCCUUUCUGAUACCAACAACACCACGGAGAAAGGAAGUUUAUUCAGUGGAAUGUUCAAGAAAUCUCCUAUUCCUGCCGAUGAAGGCUCUCAACAAGAAGAGGAGAGAGGUAAAUUCAGUGGAAUGUUCCGAAAAUCACCUAAACCUGCCGAUGAAGGCUGUCAACCAGAAGAGGACAAGCGGUCAUUACACAGUGAGCUCUCAGCCAGUAAUGACAGUCUCUCUGACAACAGCAACCCUAAGGGUAAAGGUAUAUUCAGUGGAAUGUUCAAAAAGGCUCCUAAAACAGCUGAAGCCUCGCAACCAGAAGAGGAUUCAGAUUUGGGAACAGGCUGUAAUGACAACCUCUCAGAAAGCAAGGAAAAAACAGGGAUUUUGGGACUCACUGGGAUUUUCAAAAGGUCUCCAAGACCAUCGCCAAAGCCAUCCCCACGCUUCACUGUUGAUAAGGACCCUCUUACUGAGUACAAGGAACUCUCUGCCAGCAAUGACAGCCUCUCAGACUUCACCACAAUUAAGGAAAAUCUCUCUGCACAAAGAGAACUCUCAGCCAGCAAUGGUAGUUUUUCCGACACUACAACCACCAGCAUAGAGAAAAAAGGAGUGUUUGCAGGAAUCUUCAGGAGAACUCCAAAACCUUUCGAGCAACAGGACAGUAUGGACACAGAGCCACCUGUGAGAGGUAGUCAGCUGAAGCGCCGGAGGACAAUCAAGAAGAAGAGACGGGUUGUGUCAUUCCAAGUGAAAAGAACUCUCCCGACGAUUCCAAAACGUACUGCUGCUCGGGACUCUGAUAAGGAGCCUAUCAUUGAGGAGGCUGUGGAGUUGCAAGGGCUGGCCCCACUGCAGGAGAGCACAGUGGAGAUCCAGCCUGUGGAGAUGGCAGCAUACCCCACUGAUGGAGUCAACCUUUUGGAGUCUGAAGAGGAGAGCGACGGCUUGUUGGACUGGUGGAGAUCAGUCGAAGGUUGGGAGCAAUGGAAUGAAACAUCCCAUUUCCAAGAGGAUGAAGCAGAUAUGGCGGUGGAGCAGGUGGCUGACCGUGUGUUCAUGGCGGCUCGGCUGUUUGUGCGUCUCUUCAACCAGCGGGGAGCGUCACUGCAGGGCCGUAUCCUGGAGCUGCUGGCCCAGGCCGACGCUGCCGACCAGUUCCACAAGAGGACGGUGACGGCCGCUGUAGGGGGUGGCGUGGCCAGCGUGUGUGGCAGUGUGGCCACCAUCACCGGCCUCAUCCUUGCCCCCUUCACCUUCGGAGCCUCCAUCAUCGUCACCGCUGUUGGCAUCUCCGUGGCGACCGCUGGAAGCAUCGCCUCGGCAACGGCCAACAUCACUGAUACAGUGCACUCCAACAUGGACUGUAAGAAAGUGGAGAAGAUGAUUCAGGGCUACCAGGAGGAGAUCAAGGAUAUCAGGGAGUGUAUGGAGUUUGUACAGGAAGGUAUGGAAGCUCUGCAGGAGGGGAACUUUGAAAAGUACACUGAGAGUGCAACCAAGAAGGCUCUGAACCACAACAUUAAGCACGUGAUGAAGGAGGGGGGGCGGGCCGGAAAGAAACUGAUGAUCAACACAGACAAGCUCAUCAGCACCGUGCAGGUUCUAGGCGUGGCAGGGGGGGCCGCCAAAGCAGUUAAGGCCAUCAGCGUUACCACGGGCGUCAUGUCCGGUCUCUUCCUCGCACUUGACGUCUUCUUCCUCGCCAAGGAUUCCCAUGAGCUGCGCAAGGGCGCCAAGACAAAGUUCGCCUCCGAGAUCCGAGAGAUGUGCAAGGACCUGCAGGACGGGCUACUGGAGCUGAACAAGGUGAAAACCCAGCUGCAGAAAACCAUGGAUGGGAUCGAGCUGGAAGAGUACGAGGAGGAGGAGGAAGUGGAGGUGGAAGUGGAUGAUGACCUGGAGUCAGACCCAGUUAAACUCGCUCAGCUGGAGCAAGAGCUGGACCAGUUAGAGGAGAAGUUGGACAAGAAGGUCCAGGAGGAACAGAAAUGGAAUAAAAGCAAGGAGGAGGCAGCUAAGAGUGAGGAAAGGGAAAUGAAGGAGGAGAAGAAUAGUACAAAGAAGGAUAGUAAUAAAGAGGAGGGAAAGAAGGCGAGACCUAAAAGUAAAACAAUCGAGUUGGGUGAGACUGAGAAAGUGGAGAUGGAGAAAGAGCGGACGACUGAGAGGGGAGACACUAGUGGUAGUGUGAAAGGUGAUACUAGCAGCGUUCAGAAUAAAAAAGGGUCAGAGAAAGGGAAAAAGAAAGAUAAAGGAAUGGAGAGUAGAAACACCAAUGAAAAAGGAAAUGUUGAGGGCAAAAAAGAGAAAGGAAAUGAUAGAGGCAGUACGAAUGAGGAGGGUGAAGAAAAGGCAAGAGAGACUGAAAAACAAAGAGGUAGAGGCAAUAAAAAUGAGCUGGCUGAUACAGAGAAAGGGAUUUCAAAUGAAAAUGUAGAGUCUGAAAGGGGGAAGAGUGAAAGAUUGAAGGAACAAAAAGUAGCUGGAUUGGAGACUAAGAUGAGGGUGAGGGAAACUUCAGAAAGAGGAAACGCAAGCAGACAUAGCAGCAAGACUGACAAAGAGCAAAUCCCGAAGAGGAGUCCGAGGGAGUCAGGCAGUAGAGAUGAAAUACCAGCGAUUGCUCCAGAGAGAAGACGCAGUAAAGAUCUGAAGUGUGGGAGCAUAACUGAAACGGGUGAGAUGGAGAGAACGAGUAAGACUGAAAGGGGUGGGGUAGAGAGGGGGGUUAGGAACUGGAGAGCAGAGAUGGAUAGGGGAAGUCAAGAUAAGCAAAGUGUUGACUUAAAGGGAGACUCAGAGAGGGGGAAGACAAAAGAGGAAUCUGAGGUGAAAAGAACGAGUGGGGUUGAGAGAGGGACAGCUAAAGGGACCUCUAAGGAGGAAAGAGUGAUGGAGAGAAUGUCCAGGAGGGAAAACAAAGACAGGGAGUUGGGGUGUAAGAGGGAAAGAGCUGAGGAAAAGCGUGGGAGUAAGAUUGAGAAAAUACAAAGAAAAUUUGAAAGUGGUAGGGAGGGAGGCAUCAGAAAUGAAGAUGAGGAGGUUCAUCAGAGUGAAAGGGACAGGAAGGAGGGUGAUGUUGAAAGGAAUAGGAGAGAUGGUGAUGCUGAGCAGAAGCCUCUCCGCCAAGGCGCUCAUCCACGCUCCAAAGCCAUCUGCCAAUUUUACAUCUGAUGCAUUAUUAACUGAGUACUUAAAGAAGUAUUCUAAAAGGUAUUAACCUAGUGUUUGGUUUUAUAUUAUUUACUUGGAGACAAAUUGAGACAAAGACAGUCAGUGUUUUAAAUAUUUGAUAGAGCAACGGAACUCAAAUGUGCCUUUUUAUACACAUUUUUCAUGACAAAGAGAUUUUUUAAACUGUAAAGAUUGUUGUAUGAAAAUGAAUUUCCCGUGGACCGACAUACAUAAACAAUUGUCUGGAAGGAAUGGGAUGUAUGGAAUAACAAGCAGCAGAAGUUCCGUUUUUUUUUUUUUUUUUUGUCACUGGUUAUCUGGACAAGUCACAAUUUCGCAGGUGUUAGCAUGUUUAGAAUUUCAGAAGUGAAGUGGACAUUCGGCCAUAACUUUCAAAUGUGGUGGAGCUCCUUGUUCCGCUCCUCAUUCUAGCAUCUCUUCCAUCCCUUCACUUAACAUGUGUGGACCUAGAAUUUAAUCGAGCACCUGACCAAAUGCUGGGGACUUUAGUUCUCGGUUAACCAACAUUAUAUGAACAAAUCGCUGUCCAAAAGCUGGUAGCAAUUCAUACAGAUGUCAAUUAACUCCAUAGGAAGAGUCGCACUGACUCAAAGCACUUUAUAGAGCAAUGGCUGCUGCUCAUUGGGCCGAUUCUGACCCGAAUUAAGCGCACAUAAAUGGAACGUAAUUACUUUUUUUAUGCACUUUUCUCUCUAUGCGUAUUCUGACCUAAACUUAAGCAAGAGAAAAGCAUGCUAUUCACCCGCUAUUUGUUCGGGGUGGAGAUCUAAUAAAAUGGAGGUGUGGCAGAGGUGUGUUUAUAGAUCCUCCAUAUUCUAAUUUUGCCUUAAUUCCCUCAUAAUUCCACCACCUUUAUGCAAAGGAAAUCAUGAAUAAGGUUAGAACGAACCUGCCGGUUUCAAGUGGGAAAAGCAUCUACUUUAUUUUAUAUAUAUAUAUAUAUAAAUAACAGCAUUCUCCAUGCACUGUAAUACAUACAUUGAUAAGAGUAUAUAAGUGAGUAACCCGUUUGGAGAAAGGGAUUGAAAAUACACAUAGCAAUUGUUUUAGAUCAUUCAUAGUUAUGAUCCCUGGAGAAGAACGUGAAACCAGUCAUAUGGAAGAAAACUGAAAAUCAUAUCAACAUGAUGUGUAUUGCGGCCCCUUUUCCAAAGUGAAGUAGGCUCUAAAGAGCUGUACCGUUAUUAUGAAUUAUGAACCUGACGAUUUGAUGCAUGCGCUUUCGAAUGUUUUAAUGGUAUGCCCGGGCAUUUCUACGUUUUAUUUUACAAUUUGUAUCAUGUUAAAUAUGAUCCACUAUUGGGAACCACCACCAGUAAUACCCACAUACAUUUAUAACUGUCACUUUAAUGUUCGUUUUCUUCCAUUUGUAGCUUCCAUUUUGCAUCAUUCCGUUUACGUGUCUUUCCUCUGUCACGUCUGUGGACGUUAGUGGUUCAUAUUAGGCUAAUGUUGUGCAAUAAUUUGGGACAUGUAGCCUAUUUGAAUCAUUAUGGAACUCAGACCACACGUAGCAGGUUAAACCUGGAGCCUGGCACACGGUUCACGACGACUGGACCAGUCACAUAGUUCCAUGAUUAGUGAGGAAUAGGAUAGAUAUAAUUAUUGUUCAUUCCUAUUGUGCACUUUUCCCCACCUUACAAUAUUUAAUGGAUUGAAUAUGACAACUUUCAGGGUGUAUUUUUUUUAUUCAUAAAUGCAUUCUGUGCGUAAAUGUUCUCCAAACCUGUUUUUUUUUAUUUUAUGAUUCAUACAUACUUUCUUAACCCUAAAAUGUGUUUAAAUAAUCAGAGUAUUUUUAAAUCUACCAGUUGGUGCUGAAACGGAGACGAAUAUGCAUAUAUUUAGAUGGCUUUCUUUUAUUGAUCUCUAUAUUCUGAACCCAUUCUCAAUGUCUUCUAGUCAGUCUGUUGACAAUUUGAAUUAAAAAAAAGGUACACAGUAUUUAAAAGGGAUGGCUUAAAAUGAGCGUAGGUUACUGAAAAUCCUGUUGAAAGAAAACUGACCAGGAAGUGAGAGGGAUUUCAGCAGUUGAAUUAACCUUUUCAUGGGUGAGUUCCAAAUAUCUUUAACGGUCCCCAGCGUGUUUUUUUUAUGCACGUGAUGUCAGAAUGCACUCACCAGCUUGGUUUCCAACCAAUUGGCAACAGAUUUUUUGUGUGAGUGUGUGAGUGAGUGAGUGAGAGGAGAGAGAGCGGGAAGAAUGAAUCUGGUGAAAAUUUAGCCUAACAUGGAAUGUGAUUAUCACAAUACGGUGUGCAUGGCAACACAUGAUGUCAUGACACAUUAUUAUGAGGCAACACCAUGUAAUCAGUCUUCUGCAUUUCUUUGCGACUGUCAUCAGUUGUGUGUCUGUCUCUGUGUUAUAUCUUUAUAAUGGCAGACACUUGAGCUGAUUCCAGACCAGCUGGACAGGACAUAAUUCUAUCAGCCUUCAAGGGGAAUCCAUCUUUAGCUUUUGUCAGGUCACACACAAGUUUACAUACAGAGACGUGUUGUAUAUUUGUGUAUCAUGAAUUAGUGUCUUCACCAGCCCAAUCUAGUGACCACCAUCCUCUGGACUCAGCCAGCCUAAACGGACAGGUAUACACAUCACUGGGACAUUGUUUCUAGGGCUGUCCUGGACUAAUCUUGGUUGACCGAAAAUAGUCUUCUUUUGACCAAAUGUUUGUACAAUCAACUAUAUGCAUUGAGCUUGUCUGAUGCUUUAAAGUUACGGUUUGAUGAAAUAAGACACAAAUGACUCAAGAGGGAGCGAGAGAUCAAGAUAACCAGAAGAAGAAAAACUUAACCUUAACCAACCAUUCUCCUCCCGCUCCUGCUGGCUUUCGCAGAUAAUGCCAUUACUCUCCUGAAGUUGUCGGUAAUAGGCUACAAGAAGAGGCUGCAACUUUUCUCAUGUGGAAUUCAAAUGUAUCUUACCAUUUCUACCGAUCUGUGUGCCAGUUAUGGUUUUCAUAUGCACAUUUUCAUGGUUUCAUAGUUUCAUUUAAUUUAUAACAGCCUAAUGCCAAUUAUAUCUCAAUCAGUGUGAUGUGAUUCAUCAAAAUUCUAUCCAAAUCUAAAUGAAAAUGAUAAACCUAAA